GGUGCACAAACUUCUGCUGCCCAUCGCUGUAGCAGCAAGUCUCAUCACACCUGAGAUGUCUGCCUCAGCCACCAAGACAAAAAGUCAAGUGAAGAACAACUCAGGUGUGAUACCAGCUGAUCAGUGUGGGACCUGGGUGAAGGAGCCUGACGGAGGGUACUUCACCUCACCCAACUACCCAGAGAAAUACCCACCUGAGAGGGAAUGUGUCUACAUUAUAGAAGCCGCUCCCCGGCAGUGCAUCGACUUGUUCUUUGAUGACAAGUACUCCAUAGAGCCAUCCUGGGAGUGCAAGUUCGACCACAUCGAGGUCCGCGAUGGGCCCUUUGGUUUCUCGCCCCUCAUUGGUCGAUACUGCGGGCAGGAAAGCCCGGCAUAUGUCCGCUCCAGUGGGAGGUACCUGUACAUCAAGUUCGUGGCUGAUGGUGAACUGGAGGCCAUCGGUUUCUCUGCACGGUAUAACUUCACACAAGAUCCUGAGUUCAAAGACCUUGGGGAACUGCCACCUCUGCCAUUUUGUGACUUUGAGCUGAGCGGUCCAGAAGGCUUCGUAGAGUCCACCCAGAUAGCCGGAGAGAGCCGGGCGCUGCCGACUGAGGCUGUGGACUGCAGGUGGUACAUCAAGGCUCCACCAAGAUCGAGGAUCUACAUGCGUUUCCUGGAGUACGAAAUGCACAACUCGAACGAGUGCAAGCGUAACUUUGUUGCCAUCUACGACGGCAGCAGCUCAGUGGAGCACCUGAAGAAUAAGUUCUGCUCCACGGUGGCCAACGAUGUCAUGCUGGUGUCCUCUGUGGGCGUGGUGAGACUAUGGGCAGACGAAGGGAGCAGGAAGAGCAAAUUCAGGAUCCUCUUCACCACCUUCCAUGAACCUCCAUGCGAAGGAGACACUUUCUUUUGCCAUAGCAACAUGUGCAUCAACCACACCUUAGUCUGCAACGGUAUCCAGAACUGUGUUUACCCAUGGGACGAGAAUCACUGCAAAGAGAAGAGGAAAGCCAGUAUCCUGGACACGCUGGAUAACACUAACCUCACCAUCAUUGGAGUGACCUGUGGCCUGGUGGUCAUCCUGCUCGUCAUCUCCGUCAUCAUCCAGGUCAAACAGCCUCGCAAGAAAUACAUCAUCCGCAGAGAUGACUUUGACCCUGCCCUCCUCCACCCUGGUUUUGAGCCUCCCCACUACGAGCUCUGCACUCUGCGCCGCGCCCCAUCCGGUGACCUGACUGAUGCCGCCUUGGCCGAGGACUUUGAGAAGUUCCACAAGCUCCGCCGCUCCUCCUCCAAAUGCAUCCGCGACCACCACUGUGGCUCUCAGCAGGGGAGCGUGCAUGGCAGCGUCCACGGCAGCCGCAGCAACCUGAGCAUGAGGGACGCUACCAUCGCGGCCGACGGGGGAGCUCUUGUGCCGCCGUUGCCGCCGGCGAUGGUGAACCAGCAGUCACCGCGCCUGUCCCACCACACCACACCAGCAGGUCGAAGGAGCAUCCUGGUGAUGAAGCAUAGCUAUUCUCAGGAUGGGGCAGAGGGGUACAGGGGCGAGGAGGAGGGUGAUUUGAUGAUGGAUGAUGGUCCAACCACCAGCCAGCACCACAUGCACCACCAUCAGAUCCACCAUGGCAUGUCAGGGCUGGACCACACUGUCCACCGUACAUUGUCCAAUGACUUCUGAUGUAAGGCACCAUGGAAAUAAGAAAAUGGUAAAACAUAAUCAUAAUAAUAUAAUCACCUCAGUUCGUUCUGUUGACUUUUUAAACUCCUUUUUAAGUUAGAUUUCUGUUUAAUUUAUACAAAUUAAUUUUCUUGUACUAAUAUUCUAAACUAAAUGGAGGUUCUACAUUAUAUGCAAAGUGAACUGGAGCUUGUGGAACACAUACUAGUAUUUAUAAUAAAAACUAUCCGUCCACCAAAGAGUUUAGCAGCAACUGUUGUAUGUCUUAAAUAAUACACUGCUGUGGUAAUGAGCAUGGGAGAUGCUGUGAGAUAAACUGUCAGGAUUUGGCAGGAACUGAUCAAAGAAGGAUUCAAAUUCACAGAUACUGAGAUAAAUGAAUUCCCACCCACUUCAAUGCAUCACAGUUCCUUUUUUCCUUUGUUGUUCCUUGUUUGGCUUGAAGUUUCAAGCCCCAGAAUAUAAGUAUGACUACAUUAUAUUUGAGAUUAUUUUAUGUCUGGCUGGUGCAUUGCGGUGUCUCCAAUUUGUUUGGACAUUAUUGCACCCCUAGAGCAAGAAAAAUGUCACAACUUUUAGGCUAGAUGUUUUUGUGUUGCGCACUGGCUCAGAAUCAAGCAGGAAAAACCACUGAACCAGAUAUUAACAAGGACAGCAUAUAAUGGAAAUAUAUGAGUCAUAACAGUGAAGUGGUAAGACACACAAAGAUGUUUUAUGCAAGAUACUGUUUUGCAAAUAUGGUACCCAGUGGGCUUGAAAUUUAUACUUUCUGAUGCCGUGUAAAUGGAAACAUUAUUGAAUUAAUUGUUUUUGUUUGUUUGGGAGUAUUUAUUGAUGUUUGUUUAUGUGUAUCA